CUCCAAAGUAUGGAAAAUUUCAUAGCCCUGGUGAUCUCUUUACUCCUUCUCGUCCUACCCUACUCUGUUCUGCGUCCUGUCAAAAGCUACGCCGAGGAAAUCAGCCGAAGUCAGUUCCCAGAUGGGUUCGUCUUUGGAGCUGCUACUUCAUCGUACCAGAUUGAAGGGGCAUUUCUUGAAGAUGGUAAGAGCCUUAACAACUGGGAUGUUUUUAGCCACGUUCCAGGAAAUAUCGAAGGGGGAGAUAAUGGUGAUGUUGCCCUCGACCAUUAUCAUCGCUAUUUGGAGGACAUUGAGUUGAUACAUUCUCUUGGGGUAAACGCAUAUCGAUUCUCCAUUUCUUGGGCCAGGAUUUUACCUCGAGGAAGAACCGGUGCAAUUAAUACAGCUGCACUUAUGUUCUACAACAACAUAAUAGAUCAUCUCUUACUGAAAGGAAUUGAGCCAUUUGUUACCAUAAACCAUCUAGAAAUACCGCAGGUACUCGAGGACCGAUAUGGGGGUUUUCUGAGUCCUUUAGUACAGGAAGACUUUGUUCAUUUUGCUGAAGUUUGUUUUAAGAAGUUUGGCGAUCGGGUGAAGUACUGGAUUACCAUUAAUGAACCAAACGUAUUUGCAGAAUUGGGAUAUUUGUGGGGAACUUAUCCUCCAGGUCACUGUUCUGCUCCAUUCGGCAAUUGUUCUAUUGGCAACUCUGAAAGGGAACCCCUUGUGGUGGUGCAUAACAUGUUAUUGUCACAUGCCAAGGCUGUUCAUCUCUACCGAAAACAUUAUCAGCCCAAGCAAGGUGGUUGUAUAGGGUUGGUUGUGCAUUCAUUCAUGUACGAGCCAUUGACUGACCAAGAACUGGACCAUGAAGCUGCACUUCGAGCCCUGGCUUUUGAUGUUGCCUGGGUGUUGGAUCCACUCCUCAAAGGAGAUUAUCCUCUUGAGAUGCAUAAUUUUCUUGGAAGUGACCUGCCAAAGUUCUCGCCUUCUGAAUCAAACAACCUGAAGGACAGUAUCGAUUUCAUCGGCAUUAAUCAUUAUUCAACUCUAUAUGCCAAGGACUGCAUCUAUUCUCCUUGUCAGUCCGGAAACAAUGCAAUCCAAGGCUUUGUUUACAGAACUGGGGAACGAGACGGUGUUCCCAUUGGAGAAAAGACAGCUAUGCCUAAAAAUUUUGUUGUUCCAAGUGGGCUGGAGAAGCUCAUCAAUUAUCUUAAGACAAGAUACAAUAACAAGCCUAUGUUCGUGACUGAAAAUGGACUAAGUCAGAAGAAUGACCCCAAAGAUGGACAGCAAGAGUUACUGCAUGAUGUCAAGCGAGUAGAAUACCACAAGGGCUACCUUGCUUCCAUAGCACGAGCCAUUCGGAAUGGAGCUGAUGUUCGUGGCUACUUUGUGUGGAGCUUGUUCGACAACUUUGAAUGGAUUUAUGGUUACAGUGUGAGAUUUGGACUCUACUAUGUUGAUUUCCUGACCCUCGAACGUAUUCCCAAGCUGUCUGCAAGAUGGUAUACCAAUUUCCUUGCUUCUAGCAAUCACAAUAAUGUAAAUGGAAGUGUUAGAAAUGCACCCAUAAAGGAAAACUCAGUUGCCCAAAUUUGAAAACAUUGGAACAUUGUGGUAUAACUGUUCUUAUUCUCAAUGAAUGGUUUAUACCAUUUUUUCUUCUUCUUGUUUAUGGUGUAAAGUUUGUUUCCGUGGCAGGAAAACUUUAAUUUGGUGUAUUGUGAUAUUGUUUGUGACCUCCUACCAUGGGGAAAGCGAACAUACUACAUUCUACUAGAAUAAAUUAUUGAAUCGGUUU